CUGAGCCACAUUUUACUUUGACAGCAGUGACUCUGGACCUAGGGCAUUUUGACUAAAAAUGCCUGCUGUCUGUAGGAUGGGCAGUAAUAACUGUGUCAUUGAAAUUCAGAGAAUGAGUGGGAAAAUUGUACACUUAAAGGAGCAUCGCCAUGUGAAGCUAUGAGUGUUCAGCUGUCAGCACACCUUGUCGGAGUUGUGAACUUGACCACGCUUUCCCAUCAGUGGGCUGUUUUCUUUAUACCUAACCAUGCAGCGGAGAUCAAGGGGGAUUAAUGCUGGACUUAUUCUUCUCUUUUCUCAAAUAUUCCAUGUUGGACUCAGCAAUAUUCCACCUGUCACCCUCGCCACUUUGGGUCUCAACGUCUGGUUUUUCUUGAACCCCCUGAAGCCUCUAUACAGCUCCUGCAUCAGUGUGGAGAGCUGUUACCAGCAGAAGGACUGGCAGCGCUUGCUGCUUUCUCCCCUUCACCAUGCCGACGACUGGCAUUUGUAUUUCAAUAUGGUGUCCAUGCUCUUUAAAGGAUUCAAUCUGGAAAGAAGACUGGGAAGUAAAUGGUUUGCCUACAUCAUCGCCACGUUUUCCGUACUCACGGGAGUAGUGUAUAUGCUCUUGCAGUUUGUUUUUGCUGAAUUAAUGAAUGAACCUGACCUCAGAAGGAACUGUGCUGUAGGCUUCUCAGGAGUUUUGUUUGCUCUGAAAGUUCUUCACAACCACUAUUUCCCUGGAGGCUUUGUCAUGGUGUUAGGCUUCCCUGUCCCAAACAGAUUUGCUUGUUGGGCAGAACUUGUGGCUAUUCAUUUCUUCACACCAGGGUCCUCCUUCACCGGGCACCUGGCUGGGAUUCUUGUCGGACUGAUGUACACUGAAGGGCCGCUGAAGAAGGCGAUGGAGACAUGUGCAGGCAUGUUUUCCUCCAGCAGUGGUUACCUGGGACAGCACUACUACUUUAACAGUUCAGGCUACUCUGGGUACCAGGACCAUUCUCCGUACUCCAGGCCCGGCUCCCACGAACGAGCACCCAACAACUACGACGUGUACACAGCAGGACUGAGCGAAGAGGAGCAGCUGGAGAGAGCGUUAAGGGCCAGCCUCUGGGACCGAGGAAACAACAGAAAUGGCCCUCCACCCUACGGGUUCCGUCUCUCACCGGAAGAAGAAAUGCGGAGACAGCGGCUUCACAGAUUUGACAACCAGUGACGUGGCCUGCCACCUUCAGAGGACAUGAUCUAACUGGGGAAUUACUGCCCUUUGGCUCCUUCCUCAAGCCCAGAAUAAGCUUCAAGUCAAAGCAGAAUGCUCCCCAAGGAGUGCUCACGUGUGCCUGGGGCCCUCAGCCCUCCAGCUCCUGCAGGUGCCACUCCGACAUGUAUGGACUCCAGGCUUCUGGAAGGCAGCAUUCAGCUCUCCUGAAGUGGCCCUUCUCCUGGCCUUGUUCUCUGUGACAAAGCAAAUGUCCUUUCCAUGGGGCAGACACCAGCUUCCAUGUCUCCCCGCUCUGACUGCUGCCCCUGCCUUGUUCUGCUCUUGGAAGCUCAGACUUUGACAGGAAGUUUUGUUUUCUGGUGGAAAAUAUCAGUCCCUUAUUCUACCUGUUGUCUUUGGGUUUCACUGAGUAGGAGGCAACAAGUCAUCCC